AUGAGCUCUCCUCAGCAAGUCCAAACUUUUGGGAAAAAGAAGACUGCGACCGCCGUUGCCCACUGCAAGGCCGGCCGUGGUCUCAUCAAGGUCAAUGGACGCCCUCUCCAGCUUGUCCAGCCUGAGAUUCUCCGCUUCAAGGUCUACGAGCCUCUCCUCGUUGUUGGCCUUGACAAGUUCGCCAAUGUUGAUAUCCGUGUGAGAGUCCAGGGGGGUGGACAUGUUUCCCAGGUCUACGCUAUCCGACAAGCCAUCGCCAAGGGUCUGAUCGCCUACUACCAGAAGUUCGUCGAUGAGCACUCCAAGAACCUCCUGAAGCAGGCUCUCGUCCAGUUCGAUCGAACCCUCCUCGUUGCCGACAACCGCCGCUGCGAGCCCAAGAAGUUCGGUGGUAAGGGUGCUCGCUCUCGUUUCCAGAAGUCUUACCGUUAA